AGCUUGAAGCGAAGACGCAAGCGGAUUUAUCUUUGGGAGCUGAGGUAGAGAUAGAACUGUUAACGCAGCAAAGAAAGUGAGGACGACGCUUUCGCCCAUUCGGGCUAACAUUUGAUUCCCAUAAUCUGUGAAGAUGGUGUUGCUAACAAUGAUCGCCCGAGUGGCGGACGGGCUUCCUCUGGCCGCCUCUAUGCAAGAGGACGAACAGUCCGGCAGGGACCUUCAACAGUACCAGAGUCAGGCAAAGCAACUCUUUCGAAAGCUGAAUGAGCAGUCCCCUACCAGAUGUACCUUGGAAGCAGGAGCCAUGACUUUUCACUACAUUAUUGAAGAGGGUGUGUGUUAUUUGGUUUUAUGUGAAGCAGCCUUCCCUAAGAAACUGGCUUUUGCCUACCUAGAAGAUUUGCACUCAGAGUUUGAUGAACAGCAUGGGAAGAAAGUUCCCACCGUGUCCAGACCCUAUUCUUUUAUUGAGUUUGACACUUACAUUCAGAAAACUAAAAAGAACUACAUUGACAGUCGUGCUCGGAGAAACCUUGGUUCCAUCAAUACUGAAUUGCAGGAUGUGCAGAGGAUCAUGGUGGCCAAUAUUGAAGAAGUGUUACAGCGGGGAGAAGCACUCUCAGCUUUGGAUUCAAAGGCUAACAAUUUGUCCAGUCUGUCUAAGAAGUACCGCCAGGAUGCAAAGUACUUGAACAUGCGUUCCACUUAUGCCAAACUUGCAGCAGUGGCUGUAUUUUUCAUCAUGUUAAUAGUUUAUGUGCGAUUCUGGUGGCUGUGAACCAGUGAAUCCAGUCACUGGCAAGGAGAAUCUAGAACCCAGCAGGUGUUUGUUUUCAGGAAGCUGAGCUCACAGGGAUGUGCAUUAGACUCCACAUUUAGAAUCCAAGUGGAACUUCUGCCUCUAAAGACCUUGCAAGGAAAGACAUGUCCUGAAAAUGAAAGGUCACACCUCAUUUAAUGAAGCUUAACCCUGUGUAGAAAGCCCCCCUUUGAGGCAGAGGCUUUCUCUGGGUGCUAAGCCAUAUGUGUUAGGGAACAGUAGAUUGUUUUCAGUUUUUUUCCCCUCUUGCAGCAUUCUACAUUUUUAAACAGCACUAUCUGGGGCAUUCAUACUCUUUAAUGGAGCCAUC